GUUAGCGAAUCAAAAGAAACGUAUUAAUGUAUGUAGCGUAGUACGAAUAGCAGCUUUUGAAAAUGAUGAAGUUAUAGGAAUGUUACGCUUAAAAAAAAAUCAUUUUACAUUGCAUAUGCAUUUAUAAUACGUUUAUUAAUUGUUAAUUAACUAAAGACAUACACAUCAUUGAAAUGUUCAUUUUUAAUAUAUGGUUAACUUUUGGCCUUUUAUCUUGGGCAAAUGGUCUACGUGAGUACGAAAAAGAGGAUUUGAUUGCUUUAAGAGAAGAGGUACGAUCUAUGUUUGAUCAUGCUUAUUCAAGUUAUUUAACAUAUGCCUAUCCUUAUGAUGAAUUACGAUCAUUAAGCUGUGAUGGAUUUGAUACCUGGGGUAGUUUCUCAUUAACACUUAUUGACGCUUUGGAUACCCUGGCCGUAAUGGGCAACUUCUCUGAAUUUCGACGAGUGGCAGAAAUUAUAAGCGCCAGAGCAAACUUUGAAGCUAACAUUAAUGUAUCUGUAUUUGAAACAAAUAUAAGAGUAGUUGGAGGAUUACUUAGUGCUCAUCUCUUAUCGCGUAAAGCAGGCAUCAAUCUAGAACCAGGUUGGCCUUGUAAUGGCCCAUUGUUACGCCUUGCAGAAGACAUGGCAAAACGUUUAAUAGCAGCUUUUGAUACUCCAACAGGAAUGCCAUAUGGUACAGUUAAUCUAAAAUAUGGAGUCCCAGAAGGUGAAACAAGUAUUACUUGUACUGCUGGUAUAGGCACAUUUUUAUUAGAAUUUGGAACUCUGUCAAGAUUAACUGGGGAUCCAUUAUACGAGGAAGUAGCUAUGAAUGCUAUUAAGGCAUUACAUUAUUAUAAAUCCAAUAUUGGGUUAGUAGGUAAUCAUGUAGAUGUAUUAACAGGUCAUUGGACAGCUCAAGAUUCUGGGAUUGGUGCAGGAGUUGACUCUUACUUUGAGUAUUUAGCAAAGGGUACUCUCUUAUUUCAAGAUCCAAUGCUAGCAACAAUCUUUCAUGAACACAAAGCUGCCAUUGAAAAGUAUAUCCGUAGAGAUGAUUGGCAUUUAUGGGUUUCUAUGACAAAAGGUCAAGUAACUUUACCAGUGUUUCAGUCUUUGGAUGCUUAUUGGCCUGGAGUAUUAAGUCUAUUUGGUGAAAUUGGAGAUGCUAUGAAAUCAUUGCACAAUUAUCAUCGUGUGUGGAAGCAAUUUGGAUUUACACCAGAAUUUUACAAUAUACCACAAGCUGAAGCAGGCACAAACAGAGAAGGAUAUCCAUUAAGACCGGAACUCAUAGAAUCAGUCAUGUAUUUAUAUAGAGCAACAGGUGAUCCUUAUUUGAUACAAGUAGGGAUAGAUAUACUGAGAAGUUUACAACAUAGUGCUAAAACUACAUGUGGCUAUGCAACCAUUAAUGAUGUUAGGGACCAUAGAAAAGCAGAUAGGAUGGAGUCCUUUUUCUUAGCAGAGACAACUAAAUAUCUUUAUCUCCUCUUUGACCCUGAUAAUUUUAUUCAUAAUUCUGGCCAAAAAGGAGACAUUAUUGAAACUCAAUGGGGUCAGUGUGUUAUAGAUGCAGGAGGAUAUAUUUUUAAUACAGAGGCACACCCUAUAGAUCCUGGGGCAUUAUAUUGUUGCCACAGGAGUCAUAAUCUAUUUCCAAAUCAAAAAGCAACACUAUGGAAGUUCAUUCCUGUAAAUGAUCAGAAGAAAGAAGAAACUGCAAAUAACAGUAUAUUGCUUCAAGAAGAUAUCAAAGUGAAAAACGAUGAUAAACAAUCAAUUGAAAUUGUGAAAUUAUCUCAAAUGAGGCAUACUUUAACAAAUAACGUAGAAAAUGAUCUUAAUAAAAAUUCUGCUAAUUCUAUGCCUUCUACAGAUGAUAAAACUGCUGAUACUAUGGUAACAAAGGAUGAAGAUAAAUUAAGUAUAAAUAAUGAAAAUCCUGAAUCUUUAAAAGUACAAGUUGUCGCACCUCCUUCAGUAAUUUAUAAAGCUGAUGAUAGUGAAAAUAUUGAUACUUAUGAAAUAUAUGGUACUUCUGAUGGACCUUAUUCUAACUCUGCCAUAAGAAAUAGUACUGAAUCAUUCAUUAAACAAAGCAAUGUAAAAGUAAGAUUUGAACCACAAAUAUUGUUAGAAAAUAUUAGAAAAGGAAAUUUGUAUCCAGCAAAUAAUUCUGCAAGGUUGAAUUACCAGCUUUUAUCUUGCCAGUCUCAAUCAUUCCUACAACGUAUCUCAAUUAUAGGAGAAUUUUUUUAAUGUUAUUUAAAACACUGUUAUACAUUAAAAACUAAUUUAUUAUUCCCAA